AUGGGGGCCAACCAGUCGAGACCAUCGGAUGUAGCUAUCCAAGAGAAGCUUAUCGAAAGGCUUCAGGCUCUCCAGACAAAGGAUGACCUCUCCGUGAACGAGAAGGAGGGAUAUGUCUGUGUAGAGAAUACUACCAGUCAGAGGAGUGGGUUUUCAAGCUCCACGCUUGAAGGAGUGAACUACACGUGUAAAGGCACCAACCCCUUAGCCUCGAAGUCGGUGCCCCAUGUCCACAGUGUCUCCUCUUCCACUAUUCAAGAAUGGGAGAAGGAGCUCCUGGCAGACGCUAAGAACCGCCUCGCCUUAUCAGCCCUCACGACCAACCCUGCGACCUCCAUCCUCACCUCCCGCACCGCAACCAUAUCCGACACGCACAACUUCAACAUCCGCAUUCCCCAAGAAGGAUCCCCAGUGACCAACCAAGCUUCCUCCGGCAGAUGCUGGCUCUUUGCUUCCACCAACAUCUUCCGCCUGGCCAUCAUGAAGAAGUACCGUCUUUCCUCCUUCCAGCUCUCCCAAUCCUACCUCUUCUACUGGGACAAGAUCGAAAAGGCGAAUUACUUCCUGGAAAACAUUCUCGAUACCGCCGGCGAGGAUAUCGAUAGCAGGCUGGUGCAGACGCUGCUGGAGAGUCCCGUCGGCGAUGGUGGACAGUGGGACAUGGUAGCCAACCUCGUGCUGAAAUAUGGUCUUGUGCCGCAAGCGCUGUAUCCCGACUCUUACAAUGCGCUCAACUCCUCCGCCAUGGACCGCCUCAUCACCACCAAACUCCGGGAGAACGCGCUCCAACUCCGUCGCCUCGCCACCUCCAACGGCAAGGACACCAAGUCCGCCAUCGCCGCCGCGAAGCAGAAAAUGCUGCGCGAAAUCCACCUCAUCCUGACCCUCAUGCUCGGCCCCCCACCACCCCCUAACGAGCCCUUUACCUGGGAAUUCUACGACAAGGACAACAACCUCUGCACCGUCAAAACGCGCCCCAUCGCCUUCGCCAAGGAACUAUCCGACAACAGGACCAUCCGAGCGCUAGGCGGUACAGACGUGCACUCGCUCUUCUCCCUGGUCAACGACCCUCGCAACCCCUACAACCGCCUCCUAAGCGUCAAGCGUCUGGGUAACGUCUACGAAGGCCGCCCCGUCACGUACGUCAACGUGGACAUGGCCACGAUCAAGAAAGCCUGCGUCGACAUGCUCAAACGAGGGAUGCCCGUCUUCUUUGGCUCGGACGUGGGCAAGUACUCGGAUUCCAACAAGGGCAUCAUGGAUACCGCUCUGUUUGACUACGAGCUCGGCUUCAAUGUCAAGCUUGGUAUGACGAAGGCCGAGCGGCUGCAGACGGGGGAGUCGCUGAUGACGCACGCCAUGGUCUUAACGGGGGUGCACGUGAAAGACGGCAAGACGGUGAGGUGGCGGGUGGAGAAUAGUUGGAGUGACAGGGUGGGCGACAAGGGGUAUUUCGUCAUGACGGAUCAGUGGAUGGAUGAGUUUGUGUAUCAGGCGGUUGUGGACCCGACGGUGGUGAGUCCGGCCGUGAGGAAGGUGUUGGAGCAGAAGCCCAAGAUGUUGGAGUUGUGGGAUCCGAUGGGCGCGUUGGCAUGA